CGAGAUUAAAAACUUUGAAAUUUGGAGCAUAGGUGCAUUCCCGGGAGAGUAGAUCAAUACUCAAGAGAUUUUUCAAUAUUUCAUUAUUCUUUGUUAUAUGGCAGGAUCAGACAUAACAUGUUUAUUUUGAGAUGUGAAUCUCAAAAUACCUAGAAAGCUGUCGCAUUUUGACGUUCGUUGAUUCACCGUGAACACAUACGCUCUUCAUAAAGAAGAUGCGAAAAUAACUUCUGACUUCCGGAAUGUGAAUUUUCGAAUUUGUUACGUUAUUUUCUCCUAUAGUCAGUGCCAUGGCACACCAUUCAGAGUUAAGAGUUCUUAAGGAAGAAGAAAAGGUAUUGACCAACCUAUCUAGAAAGCUUGCUGAUCAACUUAAUCGACUUAAAGUAGAAGAAUUGACAAUCCUUUUCAAGAUAAGAGAAAGAGAUAAUAAAGAAACUGGUUUGGAAGAAACAAAAAAGGAUCAAGAACAAGAUGCUACAGUACAAAAAGAAGAUGCAGAUGACUUGGAUGUGAAUAUUCAACCUUUAUUAGAUCUGGACUUGGGGCCCACUGGAGACAGAUACCAAGAUGAAGAGGAAGAAGAAGAAGAAGAUGAUAUGGAUACAGAGAUGGAGGAAAAUAAUCAAUUGACUUACAUGUUCAAUACUGACAUGACUGAGUAGCUAUCCAAAAGAACUGAAACACAUAGGUGUCUGUGAAAUGGUCUCACUAUAGACUCAUUCAUUUUGCAGUUCUGAGGAGGAUAAUGUCUAUUGCAGAAUUUUACUGUGUGACAUGUAGUACAUUGCUUAUUCUUGCUUAGUCAAGACCC